GCGAAUAUCAAACGUCAUAUAUGACAAUCAUAUGAUUGUCAAUUGCACGCCGGCUAUUAUAUUUUUGUUUAACAGAAUUGAAAUACAUAGAUACAAAAUGUGGCCUAUUCUAAUGGCAAUACUCAGGCGAAAUGCGGUCUAUAUAACACUUCCAAUUGCUGGAGUAGUAGGAUUCAUUGGAUACAAUCUGGAAAACAUACUCUCCGAUAAAUACACACCAUAUAACAAAUCCAUACUUGAAAAUCGCGCUGAACGUUUGGCGGAGGAAGAGCUGGCUGACCCAACACGUGUGGAGAAGCUGAGGCUAAAUUCGAAUGUUCUGGAAAGAAACCUAUCUCCUUCCUUACAGCCAAAGUAAUUAUUUUAAGAUGAUACUAUUUUAAGUAUGGAAUGCUCAUUUUUACUUAAAAGGUUGUGCGCAUCCUGUUUUAUUUGAUGUAAUGCUUUUUUAGUUUUAAAUAUGAGUCGCGUCUUAAUUAAGAGAAAAAAUAGUAAAUGAUAUAUGUUUAAAAUUGCAAUAUAAAGGAAUUUAAUAUAUUUAAGACAAAUCCGAGCACCUUAUUUCCAAUCCAUAACUAGAAAACCGCAUAACCAUAAAAUCAUCAAUGUUUUUAAUGUAGAUGUGUAUGUGAAAUGAUCUACGAGUCCAGAAGUUAUUAAAUAAAUAGCUAUUUCAAAAAAAUAGAAACAACAGACUGUGAUAAACUCCAGGCAGUUGUCACUUUGUCCACAAGGACAUCCCUUGCGGGGAUCGAACCCGCGACCUUUGGAUUAGAAGUCCAACGCGCUAUCCUCUGCGCCAAAGGGACGAAUGGUGGAGCGCCGCCGAUUUGCACACACAGAUAUAUAGUAGUGAUAAUCCUUUAGAAUAGAAUGUACUGCGGCAGACUUCUCAUUGUAUACAAAAUAUUUAAUAUUUAAAGUUGCUAAAUUACUUUCAAAUGCGAAAAGCUGCUCAUCUAAUAACACUACCAGAUUAUAAAAAUAAAUAAUCAGUUUUCCGUGUACACAAAAAACGUAUCAUUUCAUAAUGACAUCCCUUGCGGGGAUCGAACCCGCGACCUUUGGAUUAGAAGUCCAACGCGCUAUCCUCUGCGCCAAAGGGACAAGUGGUCGGUGGUUGCAAAAUGACGCAUAGAAAUUACUGACACGCCAACACAGAGUGCUCCACGUCAUCAUUUUCCGAA